UCUCCAGUUCAACACCGCUUUUCGUGGAGUGAACAUCGUCCACUCCUUCCGCUCUCUCACUCGCAGAAGAGUUUCAUCGCACUUUCAACCAAGUGCUUUCACUCGGAUUAUUGCCUAACACAACCAUUGCUCCUACCUUCGUCUGAUCUGAUUUCACCUAGUUUCAUAACCAUUGAGAAGGACGGCAAAGUGUGAAAAAGUGUAAAGUUUGAAAGCUAGUAGAGAAAGCGAUUGUAAUUCAGCAACAGUAUAAUUUUAUUAAAGUUUUCGUGUUUUGUAAAUUGUGAGUAAAUCGGAAUUCACUUGGUAGGACCGAAGGACCAGUAGUGGGCACCCGACAAGAAAAUUGUCCAAAAAACAAGAUUGGAAAAACGUCUCCCAGGGAAGUAAAAUAGACAGAAACAGUGAAAAAGUGGUUGGACAUUGGAGCCCUCGAGUGAGAGUCCUCCUCCCUCCCAACCAAGCCGAGUGGUGAAGAUCAGUAUCCUCAAAAGAAGCGUUGGGAUCCGUAUCAGCAGACUGAUUGAUCGAUUGGGAUCGAGGGAAUCAGCAGUAAUGGGACUGACAGGGACCUUUCUUAAGUGAAGGAAGAGACUGCCGAGAACGAAGAAAUCGUGUUACCCCACCCGAACAAACGAAUGCGAAUACAAGUUCGCGAUAGAAAACUAAGCCAGACGGACACAACUACUGUACUCGUCGCGUAUGUGGAGUGACUUUCUCUCCUGAGUGAUCCGCGUCGUCCAAGUCUCAUACAAGAUUUAAUAGCCUUCUCUCCUUUCCAACCAACAACAUCCCUUCACGUUUGCCCAAGCCACGCCGAACCAACAUACUGACUGAGGCGAAAGACACUUUAGUGCGUCUCUUUCCACAUUUGGCCCACCGACGGAAAAGACGGAUAUUUAAAUCAUUGGAUAUACACAAAAUCUUGAAACGUCGUCCUCCACUUACUGACAAACCCUUCAGGAUUUGAACUGAGGAGAUCAUUGUGCUUCAAGUUUGUGGUCGUUAUGUCAUUGCACAGAAACUAGAUUCGCAUAUAAUUCAAGUUGGAACCCUCUGCUCGCACAAAUCCCCUCCUCUGUCGAAUGCUUGGCAUGUUCAUCUAGACUAAAGACUAGAAAAAGACACGGAACCUAAUUCCAUAUUGCCGAAUUAAACUCACAAAAGUAUGCAUGUGAAGAUUGAGAUUUGUUGUUGAGAGAAGGCAAAUUAGUAAGUGAAAGCUACGUGGGAGGAGCAGCAGAACUGUAAACGAAAACACAUUUAUGUCAAUUUUGUGCCAUCCCAAUCUGUCAUCGUUCGUUGUUGCGAGGACGAACCGAAAAAGAAGGAAGGAAGAUGCUGCUGUUGAUAAUUUAAUGAGAACCAUAUUUCAUGACAAUCAGAAUAUUCUGAGCUACUCACCGUUAAAUAACCAGUUUGAAAAAAUAACCAAUUUAUCUCCUCCUCUAUCCAUACAAUAUAAUCUAGUAAUGCGCGAAUAGUACUCGAAUCGAAAAGCGACGUGUCCAACAACUUGAGUUUUCCAGAGUAUUCGCGUAUACAUAGCUGGAAAAUCUGGUAAAUCCAUUUAAAAAUCAGUUUUAUGCCGAGAUAAACACACUUCUGUCAAUCUGCUGAAUCCUCCAGUGAAGCAUCCUCUGAAAGGGAAAUAAAUUGCAUUCGACUCAAGUGGGAAAUUGAAAACCUUUCUCGAGGCAAUAGUUAUUAAAAUAUAAUAACUGCGUUGCUUAAAAGGAAAAUAAUUUCAGUCCUUUCUUAUUUUGGAAGUGAUGAAGUUUUAAGGAGCAAGACAAACCGUCGUCCUCGCGUCUUAAAAAUUUUACAACGUGUUAGUUCACCGAGUUAGAUCGUGUCUACUUCAACAGGCAGAAAACUGGCAAGCACACACUACGCACAUAAUACAAACGCAUAAGAGGGCUAAACAAAUUGAUUUAUUUCUUGAAUAUUACUUGGGCAAGAUCCGAGGACUUUGUGUAACGCUGCAUCAAAUAAUUUAUACCCAAAUUGCACGCACUUAAUAAUCCCCAGAAGAGGUGAAUUUCACCAAAAUGUACAUCUUUCCUGGUUAUAUCGUCUCUUAAUUAUAUGAAAACUUGCUCCGGUCGUCCCGAACUGUGUAACACUAUGCUAUGGAUUGUGCUCGUGUAAGUAAGUAGAGCUAAUUAUGUCGUGGUGGUGAUAUUGGUGUCUGUCUCAAGUGCGAUGAUUAAUGGGAACAAAUUUCUUGUUCAUAAUCCAGACUUUCACUCUUUGGAACAAUAAUAAUCCCGAUACGCACAGCUCACUUCACUAGAAAUUUGCAGGGGAGCAGAAGGAAUAAGCAGCAGCAAGUUAUCGCCAAGCAGGCCAAGCUUGUGAAUACACAAUCUUGGGAGGAAGCACGUUUCCUGCAGUGAACCAAUCUCUUUUAUAAUAAACGUUAAGAUUAUUAUAAUUCUGUGCUGUGGUUCGAAAAGUAGUAAGAAGAAGACGGAUUAAAGGAGGAGACUCAAUAUGAAUACCGUCUGGUUCCAUUCAAAGAUUUCAGAGUUUGAGUAGAAGAGUCGGACUUUUGCUUGAUUCUGAACCACGCACUGUUCAUCUCUUUAGAUAUAUUUCACCUCCAUCAAGUUGUCUACAAGUUCAGUUAUUAACCUAACUCAACUAAAUAACUGGCAGUUCAGUCCGUCUCAGCCUGGAGGUAAAACCAUCGGACUUGCUUGCUAACCAACUUUUGAUACUUUCAACAUCCUUUUAUCAUCCUCAUUCAUAAUUAGUUUCUCGUAACUCACCUCCACCAACCCCAGUUUAAUCCAAAGCGCACUUCUGAGAGGACUACUUAAUCCAGCGUGGAGCCACAACCUAAUUUCAUUAAUAAAGCGACCUACUCACCAAAAACAGUCGGCAAGACCUAGCUGCAACGAACUGUGUACUUUUUCGUCAAAUGCAGCAGCUCCAUAGCGUUGGUUGAAACAAUAAUAAUAGUCUAAAUCUGACUAUAUGUAGUUGUUAUUUGUAUGACAAUAAUUGUAAUAGAAGGAUAGAGCAUCAGCCUCUCGUCCUUGUGAGUGACAGACUAUUGCGAAUUCAAAUCCAAUCAAAUUACAAAGUGUACACUCAAUAAAGCAGCCAAGUGCCAGAGAGUGGAGGAGCAAGUUCAUAAUUGGAACUUAGUUUGAAUUGAAUAAGAUCCAACAAAUCCAACUCCAGACUCUCUCAGUGUCUCUUUCUAUUGGAGUCGCAGCCAUAAUUUCAUUGUUCUUCUGCGCCAACUUGGUCUUUGAGAUUCUUGAAGGAACAGAAGGAGAAAUGAGAAAUCAAGUUGAAGUUGAAGUGUGCAAAAGCAAUGAAUAAUGCGAGGUCCUUGUUUCACAAGUAGUGAAGCGUGGUAGUGGUCGUCUCCAACUUUGGAUAGUUUAUUAUUAUACCACCGGCUUGUUCCGUGUCCCAGUGUUGAGCACUUGAUUAAAAUGAAAAUGGUGGUGAGUGGAAAUGAACAACAAGAUUGUGUGGUGGGGAAGGAGAACAGGAGAACAAAGUGUGGAAAGUCGGGAGGAGGAUUAUUGUUUCCAAGGAGGAAGCAGAGGACAGAGGAAAAGACAUCCCAACAACACAAGAUGAUUUCGAGGAUGGCAAAGUUGGCCGCAAAAGGGAAACAAUGUCCUUUCAGCUUCCUUUUGCUCCUCACUCUCACAACCUGUGUCCCAGUUGUCUCCCCGAAAAUCCUGGAUCAUCAUGAAGUCGUGGCAGAUCAAGUGCAGGCUGUGUUGGGAAACAUUGCCGAACUGCCCUGUGAUUUAAAUGUAGCUUCCGGAGAUAAAAUCCGACUGGUGCUUUGGUCAAGAGAUACAUCCACGGUGAUUUACAGUUUGGACGCUCGGGAAAAACAGAUCGAGGAAGCUCAGCAUUGGUCAAAUGAACAGGCAUUAGGAGGACGUGCAUACUUUCGUUCGUCUGCUGACCCUCCGAGCUUAAUUAUUGAGAACGUGAAGGAAUCGGACGGGGGUUUGUAUAAAUGCAGGCUCGAUUAUAAACGAUCGCCCACUCUUUACCACAACGUCAACCUCACAAUCAUUAUUCCACCGAAACAAGUUGUUGUGGUUGAUGAGCGAGGAACAGAGAUGAACUCCAUGAUAAUUGGGCCGUACAAUGAAGGUUCCUCAUUGAGGCUGACAUGUGUCUCAACAGGAGGUUCACCCUUACCAAAGGUUAGCUGGUGGAGGGAGAAUGCUCUUUUGGACGACACGUGGGAGGUGUCUUCGGAGCAUGUAACUUCAACCGUGGUGUCAAAUACACUGACGAUCAGCCGUUUGCAGCGCAGCGACCUCAAUGCUAGAUUGACCUGCCAAGCUGCAAAUAGCAAUAUCAGCGUCCCUGUCUCAACCACAGUCACUCUGGACCUCAGUUUUCGUCCUUUGAAUGUGAAAAUUUUGGAUGGGAAACCAGCCCUGUCUGCAGAAAAGGAGUACACCCUCGACUGCCAAUCAACUGGAGCAAGGCCCCCAUCAGUGAUAACUUGGCUGAAAGGGAGCACGCGUCUCAAGCAUCACAAAGAAACUACGAGCUCUGAUGGGAACGUGACAACUAGCCGGCUGACAUUCAUCCCGACGAUGGAGGACAUGGGGAAAACCUUAAUAUGUCAAGCAGAAAACCCCCAGAUACCUGGGAGCACAAUUGAGGAUGGUUUCAAAAUGGAUAUUCAUUACGUCCCUCAAGUAACUCUGGAGCUGGGAAGCACUUUGAACUCGUCGUUUUUAAGAGAGAAUGCCGAUGUCUAUUUUGAGUGCAAUAUAAAAGCCACACCGUUUGUUCAGAGAGUAACUUGGAGGCAAAAUGCACGUCUUUUGCAUCAUAAUGCGUCUGCCGGUGUGAUAAUAAGCAACCAAUCUUUGGUACUCCAAUCAAUAACACGAAAAUCUGCAGGAUUAUACACUUGCAUAGGCACAAAUAAAGAGGGGGAUGGCACUUCAAACGCGGUAUCACUCAACGUGAAAUAUGCUCCAGUUUGUAAAGUUCAUCAGCAAACUAUUUACGGGAUAGCUAGACAGGAGCAGGCCAAAAUUCUUUGUGAAGUUGAUGCCAAUCCAGAUACAGACUUGCAUUUUCGAUGGAAAUUUAAUAACAGCGCUGAGAGUAUUGACAUCCAACAAUCCCAUUUUACGAUAGAGCGACUCCGUUCCACAUUGACUUACAAGCCUAUGACAGAGCUGGAUUACGGCACAGUUCUUUGUUGGGCAAGCCAUGAGUCAGUUGGGGCACAAAAGGUUCCUUGUGUUUAUCAUAUAAUUCCUGCCGGAAAACCCGAUGCCGUAUCCAACUGUUCAAUUUUAAACACAACGUUCGACUCAUUAUUUGUCUCGUGCGUGGAAGGGUUCAACGGUGGCCUGCAGCAAUUUUUCGUCAUUGAAAUUUGGGACAGGGAAUCUCGCCAGGUUCUUAGAAACUUGACAAAUCCACGACCUGUGUUCCAUGUCCGAACAUUAGAACCAGGGAGCACGUAUGUCAUCAGGAUAUACGCUGCCAACAAUAAAGGACGCAGUGAAACUCAAGUUUUACAAGCGUCUACUCUCAAAGCGGCUGAAAAGCAUACCAGUAUUAACGCUGAGGCAUCUUCUAUAAAACCCGCAUUCGGAUUCAAGAUGAUCCCAGUGCUCGCAGUUAUUGCUGCCAUCAUCGCGACUAUCAUUAUUGUAGCUGUAGUUAUUGUUCUCGUAAUUCGAAGUAAGGGGCAUGGAGGAGAAGAUAAGAGACUGCCUAAAAACAAUGCAGGGGGGUUCAAGUCCAAUCCAGACCAUGACAAUUCAGCUGUUCCUCUUAAGAAGUCAAUGGAUGACAUCUUGGAUCCCGAUGACAAAAAUCCUGACGUUGUCCCACAUGGUUCAGAGAUCGAUGGAAUGGAUCCAGACGAGAAGGUAUUUUUGGAAAGACUCAACAAUUCCAGUCGCUUCUAUGAAACCAUCCCACGAGCCGUCAGGACGGUAGCCGCCAACCGCCCUGACGCCAAUUCAUCAUCUGAAUUAGUCAAUAAUGUAAAGAAUCGUGUCCCCAGAACGGGACGAGAGGAGGUCACCUACGCCGAACUAUCCCUACCAAGCAGUCCAGCAUACCAUACUCAUGGGGCCCCGCUGAGACAGCAUCCAAUGUCUCAAGAACCUAUAAUCUACGCUCAAAUCGAUCCACUGUUAACUGCUCAGUGCAUUCCCGUUGGAGUUCAUGAGCAGCAAACACAAACCUUACCAAACUACCCUGUGAGCCACCCUCAUUCGUCUUCCGAGGUAGACCCUUCGAGAACACCUUUACUUUCCCCGAUCCACCAGAUUCCGCACAGAGAAAGCACGCAAGAAGAAUAUGUUCGAUGUAAUAUCCGACCUGAGAAUACACACGCAGUUUACUCCAACGGAAGUAAUAAUAUGAGAUUUUGAUGCGUCCGGUUCGAAGAACGAGUCGGAGUUCUGGGUGAAAGUGGAAACUACUAGAAGACGGACUACGCUACUUCUACAAUAAAAACUAUAAUGAUCGGUGCAAAAAUAUUUUAUACUGAAUAUAUAGCUUACAGUAAUUAAUUCUACCUUAUAUUCUAUUAAUAUGUGUAAAUACAUAUGUAUGUCAUGUCAGCUUUAACGUUUUUAAAACGCUCCAAAUAUAAAUAUUGGAAUCUUAUUGUGUUACAUUAUGGUGGUCUUUUUUAUAACGGAAUGAAGAUAAAGUUCUUGAUAGGGAUGUUAGAACAUAGUUUAUUUUUGCAAAUGCUAGUCUUUCAUAAUGUAAUUUGUAUCAUGUAAUUAUUAUUCGGCUUCUUUUUGGUAUACAUAAUUAUCAAACCGUAUCCGCUACUUGAUUGGUCAACUCAGCCACCAUCACUUUACACACAUUAGGAGAAGCUAUACAGAAGCCGGGUACACUACCAAAGACUAAUUUUUGUAGGAACCAUGUGAAACAUACACGGUUGUAAAAAAAACGUACCAUCAGCUAAUGGAUGGUACAAGUAAUUAGUAGAUUUUUGUUGUAAAUACGCAAGUUAUUUAUACUCAAUUUUCUAAAGGAACUAUAAAAUAUUCGUGUUAUUUAUUUGUUCAAAUUGUAUGGAAAUCUAAACUUGAAUUAUACUAGGUUACAUUUUUGUAAAAUUAAAUCUCAAUGUGUGUAAUUGUACCAUCUAGAUAUGUAUAAGUAUAUUAAAUAACUAACAAUAAGAAUAAAUAUAUCGGGACCUAGAUCAAUAGCUUUGAUGAUAAGUAUUAAAAACUGUGAAAUUCAAAUGAAUUUUCAGCUCAGAUAAUAAUAUCUUUGCUGUUACAUAUUAUUUAUAAGGUUACAGAAAACAAUAAACAUUCCUAUUUGAGUCA